AUGGCUCAUUUAAUUCAUGAACUGGUCCCAGUUAGCCUUCUGAGUGUUGGACUCUAUAUACUGUCUCAGCCUCUAAGCUCUGAGGAGGUGGAGCUGUUGGAGAGCAGAUCUCUGCAACUGAAGAAUGUGUCAAGGAAGAAUGAAGGAAAGUAUGAAUUUGCUCUUACAAACACAAGCAAAAAAUCUUUCUUACUGAAAGUGUCUGAGCCAACCCAAAUCCCAGCUGUUCAUGUCUCCGGCGACAUUAAUGAGGGAGGAGAAUUACCUUGCAAGAGGGCUAACCAUUCCAGUCUCCGCUUUCGUUGGAAGCUGAAUGGACAACCUGUGGCUCUGACUGAGACUGAGGAUGAUGGCAAGUGGAUUAUUUUGGCGAAAGAGGGGACUGGAAAGCUUGACUGUCAGAUUCACUAUAAAAACAGCAUCAACGAGUGUUCCGUCAUAGAAGUGGAGUGUAACGAAAGAAACCUGCUGCAGCAACCUUUGUUCAUUUACACCCUGGCAGCAUGUGGAGGGGGAGCAAUUGUCCUGGCUGUUAUAGCGUCACUGAUAACAUGCUGCUGCCUGAAAAGCAAACAGCAGUUCAUUCCGGUGCCUUCAGAGGAGGAAAAGGAAGAGGGAAUGACGAUGUCAGUCAUCUCCAAUGAAGAAACAAAGAGCCCUCCAAAUGGAGACCACCAUGAGGCACCAUCUGCCCCAGAUGACAGCCCUCCAAACCCUGAAAGCACAGAGACCUGUCAAGGUCUUGAGGCAGAGCCCAAGAUGGAGGCAGAGUCUGAGGUCACACCAGAUCCAGAGGUGGUUGUUGACAUCAACAACGAAGAAUUUUUGUGCGACUCUUUCCCUGAUCCUAUUGAUCCCUGA